AUGGCGGCGACGUUUAAAGCGAGCAAAGCGCAGGAGACUUCGCUGCCUGUUGAACGCCAUCCAUGCCCGAUGCGUGUAGACGUCCGUGAGGUGUACAAUGUUGUCCCUCAUUCGGUUCCAGGUGUCCCCUAUAGAGCUCAGAUUGUCCCAGCACAGGCCCUCCGCUCUGUUGACCAAGUCAUCAAUAUUGAUGUUAUGGAAUCUUCGAGUUCCAGUUUUCGGCUUCGGGGUUUCUACUCGGUGAAAUUUGAAGAAGAAGGUCAAAGGGAAGCACAAUCUCCCUGCUUACUUCAAUCAACAUCACAGACUUCAGAUGACGGAGCUGCUGAACUUUGGCGGAAGCACAGCCGCGGAAUACAACAUUACGGAUCAAUCGUGUUUUAUUUCGGGAUUCGUAUCAGUUCCGGCUACGCGUCACUCAAAUGCGAAUGGGUUGACGUACAAUGGGUGUCUGCCAAGGCCAAUGGUUACGAGACGGACGUCAUCUUCAUUGACUUCAGCAAAACCUUCGAUAAGGUGUCACACGGACGGUUGUUGAAGAAGCUAAAUGCUCACGGUGUCGGAGACCCACUAUUACCCUGGAUAGAGGAUUUCCUCGUCCGGCUGACGUUUACUGUGAGAGCUGCCUAG